AUGUCUACCUUUUGGUGGAGCUCUAUGGAGAAUCAUCGUAAAAUCCACUGGAUAGCUUGUGACAGGCUGUGUUUGACAAAGGAUCAAGGGGGCCUCGGUUUUAAAGACAUUGAGUUGUUCAACCAGGCCUUAUUGGCAAAGCAAGCUUGGAGAUUGAUCCAUUAUCCAAAUUGCCUUUUCUCCCGGUUCAUGAAAAGUAGAUAUUUCAAUGACAUGCCUUUUAUGUUAGCGGAUUAUGGUAAGAGACCAUCAUUUGCUUGGCGUAGCAUUCUACAUGAGAGAGCUCUUUUAGAGAAAGGGUUAAAUCAAAGAGUUGGGGAUGGAGUCUCUCUUAAAGUUUGGACCUCUCUUUGGUUGGAAGAUGACAGGAUUCGGGCACCUCUCAUGAAGAAUAUACUCGUGGAUCUUGAACUUUCGGUUCAUGAAUUGAUAAACCAAGAUACAAGAGACUGGUGUCCCACAGCCUUGGAGGAGCAUUUCUUUCAUUGA